GUCACGCUGCUGGAAUCAGCUGUCCGAGUAUGACCCUCUAAUCUUUAUCUCUUGCGUAAAUCGUGGCGUCCGCGUUUCAUGAUUCGAACACUGAAAAAAAUUGACGAAUGUGUAUACAUGAUUAAAACUUCUCUAUGAAUAUCGUCGUUUCGAUUGGCCCAGCUGUUAACCAGUUCAUCAAAGGCUUUUGCACAAUGGUUCAAAAAGGACUGCGGCCUUUAACUAUCUGCGGACCUUCGGGUUCAGGGAAAAGUACAUUGCUGAAACGUCUCUUGGAGGAAUAUCCUGACAUAUUUGGAUUCUCCGUAUCUCAUACAACAAGAAGUCCUCGACCAGGCGAAGAGCCUGGCAAGCACUAUCAUUUCACCACCAAGGAACAAAUGCAGCAAGAUAUUGAUGACGGUAAAUUUAUUGAAAGCGCCAUAUUCAGCAACAACAUAUAUGGAACUAGUAAACGUGCUGUUGAAGAUGUUAGACGUGCAGGAAAGGUAUGCGUUUUGGAUAUCGACACCCAGGGAGUGAAACAAAUACGACAAACUUCGCUUGAUCCACUCCUUGUCUUUGUCAAACCCCCAUCAAUUGAAGAAUUGGAACGCAGAUUGAGACAGCGUAACACAGAAACGGAAGAAUCAUUGCAGCGAAGGUUAAUCAUCGCCAAAUCUGAAAUGGAAUUUGGUGCCCAGCCAGGCUACUUCCAUUUAAUUAUUGAAAACGACAAUGUCGAGAAGGCCUACGAACAACUGCGUGAAUUCGUAAUUGGCGAAAUUAACAGUCAACGUCAAGCAGAGGCCUAAGAUGAAACAUCCACAGGACAGGUGAUAUUUCGCCAGGCUUUCUUUGUGACAAAAUUAAUUUAUCAACAUUUUUUAGCUGCAAUAAUGGGUGAAAAAAAUUAAUUCCAAAGUGCACAAAAUUUUCUGCCCCCUGUUGUACAGGUAACAACAGUUCGAACUUUUUUCACGCCUACCAUAGUUAUAUUAUUUACAAAUAUCACUUUUGAUCCUCAAGGACAUUAUUUGACCCGUUCAUUAUUUCGAAAUAUUUAAUUAGCAAUUAUUUAUAACGAUUACCCAAAAAAAGUGUAAAAUACUUUUACUUGCUAUGCCUAAGCCGUGUAUUAAUUCGAGCAAUUAAUUACGCGUGCAAAAAUUGCUGGCAUUCCAAAGCCAAGUACAAAUUUAUGAACUUGAUUAGAAGUGGUAAUUGUUGUCACCUCGUGGUGUUAUUAGUGUAGAAGAAAAUAUUUGUUAUCCGUUGUAUUGUCAGAUUACGAAACAUCACAAACCGUUUUCAUGACUUCUAACGUGUAACUUCAAGGAUUAACAUUACUAGACGAAACUAAAAUUUGGUGUGUACUAUCAUCACUUAUAGAAUAGACAAUCUAAGUGAAUGAUAAGCACAUGUAACAAACGCUAUUUGGAUGUGAUUUUAUUGAAAAUUGUCCGCAAAUUAAUAGGCCUCGCCUACAGGCAAGACUUGACGACGUUCUUUAUUGUUAUACCUAUAUUUAUUGUUACCACAGUUUACACAGAAGGAGUCAUUUUCACAACUUUUAAAAGUAAAGAAAGAAUAUACAUAUAUUCUCUUUCAUACAUUUGUGAUUGAAAAUCACGAGAUGUAUACAUAGAAAAUUUAUUUAUUUAUGGAUAUACAUAUUUUUACAUUUUUGCAAAACUACAAUUUCCGAGAAUGUUACUAUUCUGAAAUGAUUAGUAUCACUUCUAGAAAAUCGUACUAAUAAUUCAUACAGCAAUACAUGAAGUGGUAGAUCAUCAAAGAACACUCAUGUACAGAAGUCCGUGUCUGAGCCUGUGGGAGUGCUAAGCUAAUAUAACGUAACCAUAGGUAAUUGAAUCUUGCGUCUAUGUCUGCAAUAAUAGAUGUACGUUAGCAAAUAAUCAUGGUAUUUCAAAUCUAAAAAAGUUGUGUUCCAUGUAGUAGCCAUGGAAUGUAUGUACGUACUAGUAUAUAAAAUUAACUUAGCUUCAGCAAAACAGGGCAUAGAUAUUCAAUUAUGUAGCACAAGGUUUGAUUGAAUUACUUUGAAAGCGAAGUCUCAUCAGUAUUUCAUUAUUUAGGGAUUGAUAAUUUUCGCAAUAAGAUUGAAAACAAAACAAAAUUUAUGUAUUGUGAUAAGUUGAAGUGAGAAAUCAGGUAAAUAAUUGUAUAAGUCACGUGGAUCGUGACAUAGGUGCUCUAGCGAUGUAUUUGCUGUCCAUGAAGACUUCGGAAGGUGACGACUGCUCCAUCAGAGAAACCUAGGAAUCUAUAUUUGUUCCAAGUAUUAUGUUUGUGAAAAAUAACUUUAAUGCAAAUUUACGAGUACGUACGUGUAUGUCUAUCAACACGUAUUUCAAAGUGUAAUAAUUACAAAAAUAAUAGUAGCAAAUAGUGGUUCUACACGUCAUACGUGGUCAAGUAUUCCCUUACUUUGGUUUCCUUCGAUUUUAAAGAUUGUAAAAUCGCAUAUCUCUACUCAUAGCUACGUUAAAUAAAUUCAAAAGUGGGAUUGACACAUCUGA